UUAAAAAGUUAGAUUUUCGGUAUUCGUUUUUACUUAAACUGUUAAAGAUGAUUGACAUUCAGGACGAAAUGAUUCUUAUUUUUAAUUACUAUGUGUUUGAGAAAGACGCUUAGCUGUGAAGACUGAAAAUGAUAGGAUGUGGAAAUAGAAAUGUCUCGGACUAAGCGCUAACAAAGGAAUGGUCACCUUUCAGUCUGAAUUCUGAACUCUGGUGUGCAUUAGCAGUUAAGAAACUUGAAAAUGACCACUUUAGUAGAAGACUUUUCAUCAAUUGUAACACAAACAUCAUCUACCAAUGAGUCAAUUUCUGAUGACAAAGAUAAUACCAGAGAUUUGUGUGGGAAUCCAUCAGAGCCUUUCAAGUGUGAAAUCUGUAACAAACUGUUUAUAUCUUCAAGUUUUCUUGUGUGUCACACAGACAUCUAUCAUAAAGAUAAGGAAGAAGUGAAUAAAGUGGAAAAUGUUGAAGUUUCUGAUGUUAUACUAAACGAAGAAUCUCCUCCUGAUGGAGAAGUCAUCAAUGAAUUUAAAGAAGAACAUUCUCCUGACAGAGAGAAAAUCAAUGGUGCUAAGGAUGAGAAACCUAAGUUUCAUAGUAGUAGUUAUUGUGAUGAAGAUAGUGUAAAUUCUGAAGUACAACUUGAUAAAAUACAGGAAGACCAGUCUAACACUCGCAAGGCAAUUGACAAAGCUGAAAAUGUCUGUUCUGAAGAGCAGUUUUUUGAGGUAGGUGAGAAUCAGGAGCUGAAUGAGGAAAAUAAGGAUUUAGAAGAACAUUCUGUGUGUGAUAUUGAAAUGCAUAAAUGUGAAUUUUGUGAAAAAUUGUUCAUUUCAGAGGAUUGUUUAUUAAUCCAUAAGAAACAACAUAGUUUUUCAAGCUCUGAUAAGCAUAAAUGUACCCAUUGUAUUUUCUCUGCUAAAAGUCACUCUAAGCUUUUAAGUCACUUAGCCACUCACCAAGAUUAUAAAGAAGAUAAAGAACUCUUCAGAUGCUUGGAAUGUGGGAAAAAUUUCAAAGAGGAAGUACGUCUUCGUCAACAUCAAAAAUUUCAUGCCAAUUUCCAACUAGUAAAGUGCAGCCUUUGUGAUAGUAUGUUCAGAAAAGGCUCUGGUCUAGCUACCCACAUGAGAGCUCAUCUGAAAAGUAUUCCUUCUUCACAGUCAUGUGAAAAUGUUAAACUUAACAGACAGGAGAUAAUUGUAAGAAAGAUUAAUAAUGCAGGAGAUAAACGUUUUCACUGCUCUGUGUGUGAUAAAGGAUUUACUAGUACAAAUAAUCUUAUGAAACAUUACAUAGCAAAGCAUGAUCCUAACAAUCCAAAUAUUGCUUCUACAUCAUUCAAAAUGCAAAAACAAGAUGAUGAAAAAGAAGAAGUUUUGUCUACUGAUACCUAUGCUUGUGAAAAGUGUGGAAGAUUAUUUACAUCUUUGAAAAUGUUGGAAGGACAUAAGAAAAAAAUACAUCGAAAUGAAACAGAAAACCAACGUUUUAGAUGCCCUCAUUGUAAAUAUUCUACAAAUAAAACCAGAGACCUUAGAAACCACGUUGCUGUUCACACAAAUGAACGACCACAUCAGUGCAAUCUUUGUGGGAAAGGAUUCACAGAACAGAGUAGCUUACGUAAGCAUGCUUUUACUCACACAGGAGAAAAACCUUAUGUCUGUGAUGUGUGUGGAAAAAAAUUUACACAACGUGCACAUUUAAAAGUUCACAUGAGAAUCCACAAUAAAGAGAAACCAUACCGCUGCCCAUACUGUGAAAAAACAUUUGCUUAUCAUAAUGUACUAAUUCGUCACCAGAGGUCUCAUACAGGAGAGAGGCCAUAUAAAUGUACCCUUUGUAGUAAAAGUUUUAAGAGCAAUACUGCUCUUCAAAGCCAUGAAAUUGCUCAACACACCCAUGAAUAUCCUUUCAAUUGUACAGAAUGUGGAAAAGGCUUCAUACAGUUUGGAAAUAUGCAGGUCCAUCUAAGGAAUAUACAUAAUAUAGCAAUUUAUAAACUUAAUGAAGACAAUAGUUGAUUCUUGAUAAUGUUUUGUAUUUCAAUUUCAGUUGUUUGUGUGUGUAUGUAUAUAUGCAUGUUUGUGUGUAUGCAUGUAUGUAUAUAUGUAUGUGUGUGUAUAUAUGCAUAUCUAUGUAUGUGUGUGUGUGUAUGUAUGUAUCUUUGUGUGUGUAUAUGUAAACUUUUUUUAAUCACACAUGCACUAGCCUGGCAUUUAGGUCUACUAUCCAACAAUUUUUCAGACAUGAUCUACGACACGGUCAUAGGAAACAGAUUACUUUAAAAGUGUAUUCAGUGUCUCCUACAAGUACAGUGCUCAAUUUUAAUUCUUUGUCAUAUACUUUUCUAACUCUUCAAACAUAACUUAAGUAAAAACAUGCUUUCAGUGCAUGUUUACUUUCUCAAGCUGGUCAGUACUACAUAGUUUCUUUGCUGGUGGUAAGUAGUAGUCUGGAUUGAUAUUUAGCAUGUUCAUGGCACUUUUGAGAUCAAUUAGUAAGAGGUGAGAAGAGGCAGUUGGCUUACAAUUUGAUCCA